UCAUCGCUCAGGAGUGAAUUCCCUGUUUAUAGCCACGGCUUAUCUCCAGCAAUAAACAACCCGGCCGGUAUAAAAAGCCUCCUCCGACCGCCUGCAGCAAAGACCACGGAAGACACCCAAGCGGCUGGGCAGAAGGUAGUUCAGGAUGCAGAGCCUCAGUCUUGCCCUGGCCGUCCUGCUCCUUACAGGAGCCCAGGCCCGCUACUUCUGGCAGCAUGACGACCCCCAGCAGACCCGCCUGGAACGCCUGCAGGAAGCGAGCCAGGUGUACCUGGAGUCGGCCAAGGAGGCCGUCCAGCAAGCCAUUGCCCAGUUUGACCAGUCCGCCGUGGCCCAGGAGCUGCAAGUGAACAUAGGGCAGAAGCUGGAAGCCUUAGCCAUUGUGGUGCGAGAGAUCAAGGAGCAGGUGACCCCUGAGCUGCAAGAGCUGAGAACCGAACUGCAGACAGCCUGGCAGACGCUGAAGGAAGAACUGACCAAGGACGUGCACGAGGUCGGAGCCCAGAUCCAGCCCUUGGUGAGGAAGCUCCGGGAGAAUGUGCAGCAGGAUGCGUCCGCCUACUUCCAGCAGCUGAGAACCAUCUCCCAGGACAUCAACCAGGUGGCCCAGGAGAAGCUGAGGCCGAUAGCCGAGGACUUCCGGGACAAGGUGCGAAGCCAUGUGGACGAGUUCCGCAAGGACGCCGCUCCUUACGCCAAGAAGCUGGAGCAGCUGAUCCAGGAGAAGGCCAAGACGCUGGAGCAGAGCGCCGUGACCGAGCUCACCAACUUGCAGACUGAGCUGCAGGAGCAAGUGACCGAAGUGCGGGAGAAAUUAGGGCCCAUCUGGGAAACGGCCCGGGAGGAGCUGCUCAACUUGCUGCAGAGCGCCAAAUCCUUGUUUGUGACCGCCGGAGGUGCGGAGCAGCAGCAGCAGCAGCAGAGCUAGAGGCCCUGCAUGGGUCUGUCCCCC